UGUCCUUACAUUGCAAAUUAAGCAAAGGUAGAUUUUCAACGCGCUAGACCUGUCUUGAGCUUCACGCCGAAAUCAUCAUAUAUAUGAUGUACCCAAACUAACCCAGUCCAGUCCAAUCCAUCACAGUAAUAUCACCGAUUCAAGACCAGAAAAAUCUUUUUCACCUCGCUUUAUACCCAGUUUCUAAUAAAUUUGUGGUUGUUUGAUAUGGCUUCGCAACCGAUUCCGGCGAUGACUUCGUACCAGCAAGUACAGUCUCCGGUGGUGGUAAUCGGACCGCAAUUCUUGGCGCCGUAUCCAGUGGACCUUAAAGUGGCCACCAAGCUAUUGUCUCUUGGAGAGUGUAAUCUCGGAGUUACUGACGCUAACGGUGCCCUUAUUUUCAAGGUUAAAAGUAAACUCUUGAGCAUCCGUGACCGCCGUUAUUUGCUUGACGCUGCCGGUAAUAUCCUUGCCACUUUCCGACAGAAGAUAAUGACUGCACAUAGGAGAUGGCAGGUUUUCAGAGGAGACAGUACAGACAGCCAAGAUUUAAUUUUCAGCGUUAAGAAGUCAUCUCUAAUUCAAUUUAAAACUGAAUUAGAUGUAUUUUUAGCUGCUAACACAAGGGAAGAUGUCCCUGAUUUCAAGGUCAAAGGAAGCUGGUUUGAGAGGUCCUGCACCAUAUAUCUUGGUCAAUCCAAUACCAUCAUUGCACAAAUGCACAGAAAGCACACUCUUUCAACCAUAGUGUUUGACGCAGACAAUUUUGGUGUGACUGUGUAUCCCAAUAUUGAUUAUGCCUUCAUAGUAUCUCUUGUUGUGAUUCUUGAUGAGAUCAACGAGGAUCGUCGUGGCGAUGAUUAGAUAGUACUUCUAUUUAAUCUUAUGCUUCCAGUAAAACGGAAGCUAAAAGAAAUAAAAAUAGAAGAAAGCGAAUUGUAUUUUGUUGCUUUCUUUAUGGAAGAUCAUGGGUUGGAGUGAACAAGGAAUGACUUUGCUUUCCUCAUGAAAGAAUGUACUAUGUUUUAACGUUUGAUGCUGACAUGAAUUUGUAGUUUGUUCUUUUUAUGUAUAUAAGUUGGAGAAUAUGUACAAUUUCAUAUAAUCCAGGGAAUUUUGUGGGCGUUAGAAAAA